GCGCAUGCUCAUUUGUCCAUGACUCCUGGCUUACUAGUGAAUUUUUUUCAGCAUUAGCUAAACUUUGAAUAGCUAAAACAACAAUUUUCCUUGUGUUGCAUGAACACCUAGUCCGUGUAUGUGCAGUGCCGCAAUAUUGGGGCUUUUUAUGAAGACAAACAAACUGCGGAAACAGUGUUAGUGCGGCUUUUUGCUGGUGGGUUUGCUAGCUAGCUAAACAACAGAGAUUGGUUGUUAUCUAACUUACAUACAUUAAAGUGGACUUCUCAGUCUUUUUUGCAAAUAAUUAAGCGUUUUUUAAGCUUGGAAAAAAUUGCAGUACUGUCUCAACCUCAAGGUAAGCUCUAAAUUGUGCUGGCAUGGGCAUCGCUAAAAGAGUGCUCGGCCGCUUCGGUAUUUUUUGACUCGUACAAUAAUGUGAGUUCAGUCCCGUAAAAGCAGAGAAUGGACAGAGACUUGUUGAGGCAAUGUCUGACGUAUCAUGGACAAUCCCUGUUCAAUACGCUGAAAUGUGAACAAACGGAAAAUCCAGACUUCCAAGCGGUGGUGUCUGACCUCUGCAAAGCCACGUAUGAGAGUAGAUGUGAAGAGCAGAGCAACCCACUUGUGGAGCAGUUCAUUGCCAGGAAGGCUGACAUCCUGUUCAGUCCAGUAUGGAGAACCGCUGGUCUUCGAGGAGAGGAGCACGAGGAGGAGGAGGCUGUAGAGCCCUAUGCAGUUAUGCCACCGAUGGAGGUAUUCAUGGAGGUGUCGUAUGAGGAGAGGCGAUCCAUGAUUUACCGGGAUUUGGAAAGAGGAGACAUUGUGGUGGGGAGGAUCAACAACAUUAGAGAAUACGGCUUCUUUCUCACUCUGUUUUGCACAGCAGGAGGUCUGAAAAGAGACAUUGAGGACUUAGAGUUGUCGGCUCUGUGUCAUGUCAGAGAAAUUCCCUCCACUGGCAGCCAUGAUGAUCCCCUGGCGUACUACCAGAUUGGGGACUUCAUCAGAGCUGGAGUGAAAGAUAUUGAUCGCUACCAGGAGAAAAUCACAGUGUCGCUCCAUCAGGCCUGUCUUUCUCCGAGCUUGGAGCACAUCAAACUUGGUGUCAUUACCAAGGAGGAGCUGCCUGUUCAUUACAGUCGUAGUGUUCAGGCAGCCAAUGACUCCAGUGAGACAUAUGAGCGUAUACUGACAGGUUGUCAUGGAUACCACAACCCCUCUGUAGUGGACUACUUGCUGGAAAAGGUGGGAAUUAGUGAUACCCACCCACCGUCAAUGAUGCGUGGACUGCAGAGUAAACUUUUCCAAGCAGAGGAUUUUGCUUCUGCAAUCAGGAAGAAACAGUCUGCAUCCUGGGCCUUAAAGUGUGUCCGUGCAGGGGUGGACCACUUCAAACAUGGUCGCCAUGUGGAAGCCAUGAAUGAAUACAACAAAGCCUUGGAAAUAGACAUUAGUAAUGUAGAAGCACUGGUGGCACGUGGAGCUCUGUAUGCUAACAAAGGCAGCAUCAUGAAGGCAAUAACAGAUUUUGAACGAGCUCUGGAGAACUGUCCUGAUCACCGCAACGCCAAGAAGUAUCUGUGUCAGACACUAGUGGAGAGAGGAAAACAGCUUGAGGAACAGGAAAAGCUAGUAACAGCUGAGGGAUUGUACAGAAGAGCUCUAACUUUAGAUGGCUCAAACCCUGAGGCACAGGAAGCCCUGCACAAGAUCACAGACACUAUACAGAAAUCGAUUCGCCUGCGAGAGGAAGCACUGGCUAAGGAACAGGUCAAAACUAAGAGUGGCCAGAGCAGUGCUGAAAAAUUACGUAAGAUCUUAAAAGAGGAGAAGAGGAUGAAGAAAAAACGGAAGAGAUCAUCCUCCUCCUCAUCCUCCACUUCUUCAAGGACAUCCUCCUCCUCCACAUCAUCAUCGUCCUCUCGCAGGCAGUCUAAAAAGAAGAAAAAGAAAAGGAGGAAAUCAGAGCGUGGAAGCAAGCGCCAUCGCAGGAUCUCCUCAAAGGAGAGCAGGAGAAGCAACGAGGGUAAGAAGGAUAGGAAGGAGAAAGAGGAGGAUGACGAGGUGGAGUGGUAUCCCGCACCUUCCAAUACCUCAGCUACUUUUCUCAACCAGGUGGGAGGCCUGGGGUUUGGAUUGAGGGACGAGGAGCAGGUAGAAGGGAAGGAUGCAGAUGAUAGAAAGAGUUUCAAGCUGUACUCGCUGUCAGCAGCUUCAGAAGAGGAAGAGUCUGACUCCUCACAGAGAGAAAGAAAGGGAAGGGACAGGGAGGAGAGCAGGACGAAGAAAACAAAGAGCAGCCUGAGCAGAAGCCCAGAUAGAGAGAAGAUUAGGAGCAGGAGUAGAGAAAGGAGGAAUAGAAGUAGGGAUGGUGACAGGAAGAAAGACAGAAGAAGCAGUGACUACAAAAGGAGAAGUAGUUUAGAUGAAAAUUCCAAGCGGAAAUUAUCCUGCUCGUCAGGAGAGUUGGAGUAUUCGGGUCGUAAAUCUAGUUACCGACCUGAGCAUUCUGGAAAUUCCACUUCCAAACACCCAGAGAACAGGAAUGACUCAUCAUCCAGGAACCUCUUUGAAGAGAAUAGAGGCAGGCUGGAAGUUCACGGAGUAGAUCAGGUGAAAAGAGAGAAGGAAAGUCGAAUGGAAGAAGGUACCAUUCCAGAUCAAGGACACAGUAAAAAAGGAAGUGCUGGAAAUCAAAAUGAACAGUGCAGCAUGGGGGCCAAAAAGGACCUCCCUGCAAACCUGUUGGAUAUUUUUAACCAGAUUGCUCAGUUUGAGAAGGAAAAAGGAGUGAAACCAAAAAAAUAAUAAGAGGGUAUGAUAUCCAUACAGGUGUUCGGAAAAAAGGUGAAAGUAAUAUUAAUACCAUGAAACUACUCUCUGGACUGCAUCAAUACUCCUGAUCUAUGGCCAAAUCUGUUGCUGAUUGAAUGUCACCAGCUAUUUUUUUUUUUUUUUUAAAGUUUGUCUUUUUGCAGAAAAUGAGCCGUUUUACUUUGAAAGGUUGUUAUUCCCUAUGUCAGACUGGAGUCCUAUAAUAAUUUCCUAGUAACUGUUUGUCAAAAUGUCCUGAAAUGUUCACCUUGAUGGGUUCAAACAGGUUUAACACUUUAAAAUAAUGCUACAGUAAAUUCAUAUUUUUAAACUGGCAAACAGUACAUGUCAUAUCUAAGCAUGAGAAUAUCAGAUUCAGUCCAUAUUAUUACAUUAUCUUCAGAAGCAUCGCCUUUAGAGAAUAGUGAACAUUUUGACAAGCUGUUGCAUAACUUUGCUCUGUAAGCUUGAUCAUCUGUUCUGUGACGUUCUUUUUGCUGUCAAAGAAGUUGACUGCCUUAUAUUUACUGCUGUGUGCCAUGUUGUACAUUCUUUCUGUGGCUUGUUAAACCUCUGUCCAAACAAUCCUUAAGACUAUACUUAGUGCAGAACUUCCAGCUGUAUUCUGACUAAUUGUCUCCUGUAAUAAAACAAAGUCAGUUGAGUCAGUAAAGCAUUUCAAAUAUCAAA